AUGGCUGCUCAGGCAGGCGCGCCCGACUCCGCUCUGCGGGACCUGGAAGAAGCUUUGGGCCUGGGUUUGACGGCAGACGGGGAUGUGGGGGAUGCGGUGGCCGCUGAGGGCGCCUACUACUUGGAGCAGGUUACCAUAACUGAGGCAUCUGAAGAUGAUUAUGAAUAUGAAGAGAUACCAGAUGACAAUUUCAGUAUUCCAGAAGGUGAAGAAGAUCUGGCAAAAGCAAUUCAGAUAGUCCAAGAGCAGGCUACAGAUACUCAAAUUUUGGAGCAGAAAACAAUUCUUCCUUCAAGGCAUGCAGUUACUGAAGUAAUAGAAGACUUUCUCUGCAAUUUUCUGAUCAAAAUGGGAAUGACCAGAACUCUUGAUUGCUUUCAAUCUGAAUGGUAUGAGUUAAUACAGAAGGGGAUAACUGAACUUAGAACUGUUGGGAGUGUUCCAGAUGUCUACACUCAGAUUAUGCUUUUAGAUAAUGAGAACAAAAAUUUGAAGAAAGACUUAAAGCACAUCAAACAGGCAGCUGACAAGGCUAGAGAAGAUCUUCUGAAAACUCAGAAAGAACGUGAUUUUCAUCGAAUGCAUCACAAGAGAAUAGUCCAAGAAAAAAAUAAAUUAAUUAAUGACCUCAAAGGGUUGAAGUUACAUUAUGCAUCCUAUGAACCAACUAUAAGGGUGUUACAUGAGAAGCACCAUGCUUUACUGAAGGAGAAAAUGCUGACCUCCUUGGAAAGAGACAGAGCUGUUGGACAGAUUUCUGGACUUCAAGCAACACUGAAGAACAUAGAUGUAGGACAUAAUUUUCAUAUUCCUGAAAUUAAAGGUAGUUAUUCUCUUGCCUCAGCCUCCCAGGCUGCUGGGAUUAGAGUUGGUCACAGUAUUGAAAAAGAAAAUAUGCCAGAAGGUCCUACUCAGAAAGGUCUUCGUAAAGCCAGGGAACAAAACAAAUGUAAAACAAAGAUGAAAGACAAUGCAAAGGCCUCCUUCAACAGAACUCAAGAGGGAGCUUUUGAGCUCAGUGCAAGAUCAACCCUCUGUCCAACUCCAGUUCUCCAUCAGAAGGAGUGGAGAGGGAAUACUCAAACUUGGAAUAAGACUACACCUCUGCAGAACAUCAUUGGCAAGAGACAACAGAGUGCACCAACAUUCAGAAUAAGACCACCCACCUACAGGACAUCUUGCCUCUGUCAGCGGGAGCCAAGUGGGAAGUUCUAA